AUGAGAGGAAGUUGCCACGAGAUCUUUGAGGUGUGGUCUUGGAACUUUGAUGCCGAGUUUGGCCAGCUGCUUGCAGCCCUAGGGAAUGACGAAGCUGUUCUGGCGCUCGACACGGAAUUCCCCGGGUUCCUGCGUGAGGAGAAGCAGAGCGCCAAAGCUACUGCAAGGUACGCAGCUCUUCGUCAGAACUGCGACAACCUGCG